AUGAAUGGACAACGAAUCGGUGCUACUCGUCGGCAAACACUGACAUUACCUACUAUGCCAGUCGAUGGCCGACUUAGCACGGCACAAUCGUUGGGCACAAUCGACACUACUCAACGUCGACUAUCAAUAGUUUCUCAAGCUUUUAUACCAAAUACUGAUGAAUAUCGUAGUCAGGAACGUGUUCCGCCUGCAGGUGCUGAUUUCAAACGACAAUUGUUGCUACGUCCUAUUGUCAAUCCCGAAGGCGAACAAAUAAAUCAACGUCGAUUGUCAGUGAUUUCGGAAGAUUAUGAUAGACUUGACGACGAAGAUUAUGAAAUGGGCAUAAGCGAUGGAUUAAUUAACCGCUUUGCUAUUCAGACCGAAGGACUUCGACGUCGUCGGCGAAUUCUAUUUUUUAUUGAACCCGCUGUUGCUGCUAUGAUUCUUCUACCUGUCGUUACUCUCUUUUGGGAAUCGGGAUGGAACCUCACCCUAAUUUUACUAAAUAUACUGAACGGAUAUUCAUCAAUGUUACCAUCUAAUGACUCACCAGUUAAUAAGUCGCGUCCUUAUUCAUUUUCUUCUCUAUCUAUUUCAUACGCGAUUGUACAAAUUCUUCUGCUUCUAUUCUAUCUUGCUCAAGAUUUUCUCUACGGUUUUCUGAAACGGCAAAAGUUGAUUCCUAGGUUAAUUCUUUUAAAGCUUCAUAUCUUUAUCCUUUCUUCAAUUUAUAUCGUUCAAUGGGUUGUAAUCUGGACUGCUUGGGAUCAAUAUUCUCCACGUGAAUGGUAUUUUGAAAUCGUCCUCUCUUUCACCGCACUUUUUGCAUUGAUUGUAUUCAUCGGACAUUUAUCCGAUCUUGUUUGCGCACCAUUUCUUGUUAGUUAUGAUUCCAUAGAAUACUGCAUACAUUUUGGCUGUCCUCUACUUACACGACAGAUGACACAAUGGAAAAUCAAUUUGAUUAAUUACAUUGUGUAUGAGGUGAUAAUUGCAAAUAUUACAAUUCUUGUCUGGCGUGGAUUUUAUGAUUUUCUCGACGAACACUUCUACGCUAACAAACCGGACAAAGCAGCAUGGAUCUGUUUAUUGAUUGGUUAUGUUCUUUAUUACCCGUUGAUGUAUUUUCAGCAUUAUCUUGAAUACUUAAAUUUAAAAUUCGAUUUUUGGGUGUUUGUCUCACUCAAUUUUCCUCAACUUUAUCGAAAUAUUCGUCAUUUCUUCGCAUUUGUUUCAUAUUGCAUAUGUCGCAAUCACCACGCAACAUACACAUUGUCGGUAUUUGCAUUUAUAUGCGGAAUCUUGCAAUUGUCGUAUUCGUUGACGUAUAUUGAACAAGUAUGCCAAGUUAAAUCUAACGAUGUUGUUCCUUCAUUAACGGGGAGUUAUUGGCGACCUUCGUGGCACAUGACAGUUACUGAUCGAGUCGACAGAACAUCAGUGCUAGAUGAUGGUGUUAUCGUAGGUUCGAAUUCUUAUAGCUCAACAUGGCAAGCUCUGAUUGCUGCACGAAAGAAAAAAAUUAAUCAGAGUUAUCCAUGCUACAGAUAUACGAGUUAUAUUUGGCUUGGUGCAUGGAUAUGGCAAUGGGAUGAACCAACAGCUUUAGAAGUUUUUCUCUAUGUACUUGGAUUCGUGGUGUUCCUGAUUAUUGGAACUACACUUUUGCGACUUCGAAAUAGUUAUGGGCAUGAAGAACAAUAUAGAAGAAAACCUAGGCAACGAAGAAAUUCUUAUAACAAGUUGCAAUCAACUUCAAUAUAA